CUGGGGAUAUACUCCAAGAUAUUUUUUAAAAGAUCAGCUCUGGAUUGGAAUUGUGUCAACCAGCAAAACAUAGAGGGAGACCUAGAAAGAGGCUGAAUCUCCUAAGAUAUAUGAAAUUGGACAAGCUUUUCUACUACAUGAGCAUUGCAUGGUGGAUGCAGGGAAACCAGGGCCAUGGUCAUUUAGAGUAUUGAUGGCAAUUGUUUUAGAACUAAAAGUAUACAUGCAUUGCAAAGCUUGCGAAAAAUUGGUACUCAACACCCUUCGAAAAUUUAAAGGCGUGGAGACAGUUAAUGUAGACAUGAAUGGAGACAAAGCUAUUGUGACAGGUCAGAUUGAACCAGAAAAGAUUCUGAAAAAACUCAGGAAGAAGACUGGCAAAAGGGUUGAAAUUAUUAAAAGGAAUGAUGAUAAUGCCGAGGGCAACAAAGAUGAGACAUUUCCGCUGUCUGGAGAUUGCAAUAUGCAAACAAUGGAUGGUAGUGUAGUCCUGUCCGACAAUUUUGUUGAGAACGUGGUACCGGAUUUUGAUAUGUUCAGUGAUGAGAACCCCAAUGCAUGUUCGAUUACAUAA